AUGAAAGUAGACAGGCUGAGGGGCUUGCAUGAUCAGAACAAUAUUGACAUCACCAACCCGGACCCCCAGCGAUUAGCGGCUCAUAGCAGGCCAACUAUUAGAGGAUGUGGCACUUGGCAGGACACGCAGUCAGAACACUGUGGGCGAUCCCUACCGGGAACACUCGAGUUUUCUCGCUUUGCCGAGACCCACGGUAGAGGCACAGGCGUGUCGGAGUUGCCGGAUUCGACUUAUCCAAUCAUCAAUACUACCUCAGCGUGGUGCAGACAUGUUCCAGGCAAUGUGGAUGCUACUGUGAUUGAUUCAUCGCAGACGUUACUCGUAUGGUUUACCGGUAAUCGGAUCCGAGUAACAUCUGGUAAGGAAUUGACUGAGCGGAUUGUACUUGCUCCUUUUAAUGGUCAGAUUGUACUUAGAUUAAGGAUAUGCAAGUUGGUCCCCUACAGCUGGUGGGAGUACCGCAGCGUUCCUGCGUGGUUGCUGGUGGAUUUAGUGUUGCACAUGACUGGGGCUCCUCGAUACAUCUGUGAGCAAACAUGGCCAAACAAUGCAGGGCUUGCGUCCGGCCUUCCAUGGCACCUCAGAGUCACGAAUAGGCUAGGCCAGCUGAGCCCAACCCACUUAAGGGAUGAGUUAACACAGGUAGGUUUGGGGAAACUUUCUCCUAGUAACGUAGCUAUUAUAAUUAUCAUUACUUUGAGUUACAAAAGAGCAUCUACAUGGGUGUGUUGCAUGCUUGAUUGUGACAGAUGGCGUAGCCAUAUUGAUAGGUAUUUUUAA